AAAUAUUCAAUCAUCAGCUUCAUAACAAUAAUGGCACUAUGUCUGGGAGUACUUGUGAUGGGUCCAGCGUACAGAUUCAGAGAAUAUAACGCGUUAGAAUCCGCUGUAUUUGCAGCCACUAACAGAUCGAUCUGGGCAGCUUUGAAUGCUGCAUUCAUAUUACUUUGCGAAUAUGGAACAUUGCCUCUCAUCCCGGACUUACUCAGCUGGACUGUGUUCACGCCGUUAAGUAAACUUUCCUUUGGAAUCUACAUGUGUCACUUCGUUCUCGUCAUGAGAUUGACACUCGCACUGCGUUCUCAAGCCUGGCAUGAUUUCUAUAAAGUUUUUCAAGAUUCAUGUGGCAUUGUGGUUGUAUCUAGUAUAGCCAGUUUGUACAUGACUUUAUUUAUAGAAGCACCACUAAACAAUUUGGUCGGACUUGUAAUAAAGACGAA